GCUGCUGCUGCUGCUGCUGCUGCUUCCUUCUACCAGCAGAGUCAGGAGAGCAAACUUCGGCGAGGACCAGCGUGGGAACAGCAGCAUGGCUCUCCGGCUCCAGGGUCCCCUCCUCUUGGUCUUCCUGGCAGCCCUCCGGGUGGGAGAGAGCCGCUACUUCGAGGUGAGGGACGCGGGCGCCGAGGAGCCCUUUCUGCUGCUCAACGCGGAGCUGAAGAGGGAACUCUCCGAGGGGCAGUUCUACCGCCGGGCGCUGCGAUGCAUUGACAUGCUGAGCAUAGAAGGACAAUUCAGCUUCACGGCACAGCAGCCCCAGCUGCACUGUGCUACUUUCUUCAUAGCAGACCCAACCGAGCUCCUCACAAUAGACUUUGAUUUUGUCAACGUCAACUGUCAAGCAGGAGAUUUCCUGAAGGUGUUUGAUGGCUGGAUACUGAAAGGUGAGAAGUUUCCCAGUUCCUUGGACCAUCCUCUCCCCACCUCCGAAAGAUACAUAGAUUUUUGUGAUGGCAACAGCAUCAGGAGCACCAUCAGGUCAUCACAGAAUGUGGCAAUGAUCUUCUUUGGGAUUCAUGACCCGGGAAGUGGAUUCACAGUAACAAUAAAGAAAAAGCCCAACCUUUUCCCUUGCAAUGUCAUCUCUCAGACCCCUACUGGAAGGUUUACCAUGGUCAUUCCUCAUCAGCGCAGGAACUGCAGCUUUUCCAUAAUCUACCCAGUGGUGAUAAAAAUAUCUGAUCUUAUGCUGGGGCACUUGAACGGCCUCCACUUAAAGAAACCCACCAUAGGCUGUGGAGGAGUAGGAGAUUUUUUGGAGCUCUUGGGAGGAAAUGGAUUAGAUCCCUCUAAGAUGUUCCCUUUAGCUGAUCUGUGCCACUCCUUCCAUGGCCCAGCCCAAAUGAAGAUAGGCUGUGACAACACUGUGCUGCGAAUGGUCUCCAGUGGCAAACAUAUCAAUCGUGUAACACUUGAGUAUCAUCAGCUGGAGCAACAUGAACUGGAAAACAGAAAGGAGAACAGCCUUGAAGAGCUUUGUCUUUCAAAUAUUUGAAAAACAAGACAAGUCACUCAUGAUUGAAAUGUAAUGUUAAUUUUAAGCAGCUAACUUUAUGUAACCUUUCUAGGGUUCAGACAUUUAUCUUUUCUUACUAAAUCAUUUUUUUUCAUUAUCAGAACAGUAUUGAUCCUAGCUUUUCUCCCUUAAGUGUAUUUAGUAUUAUCUAAUACACACGGAUCCAUAUGGAUUCUGAAAGCAUGUGUACACAUCCAUUGAUUCAGAGCAAAAGACAAGCACACACAACAAUUCAGGGUGCAUGUUUCCAAUGGAAGUAUUAUUUCAAAUACUUUUGUAAUUGUUUUGAGUGCACAUGUAACGCUGAGAGCACUCCAGAGUUCACUUAGCAAUUUCCCCUCUUUUGCAUCAGUCACAAGUAUAAAAAGAUGCAUAAAGAGAAAUUACACUUCAAUUUUGUAACUGAACGUUCUGUAUUAGUGUGUGCCAAUUCAAUUGUUUGUUAAUUUAUUGAUACAAAUGUAUAAUUAGUUGUUUUUAAUAAAAUUUAUAGCAUGAAAAAUGGUUUUUCUUCUUCUGGUCCAGACAUGAAUAAAUAUAUUCACAGUAUUGGCAAAAUCUAA